AUGAAUAUUGAAACGUCAGAUGACAAAGCAAAGAAUGGCUUGAAGUCUUCCUUACUUAUAAGGGAUGAAAAUGGAAAUAACUAUGCAUGUGACAGAGAUACACCUUCCUCAAAGAAUUGUGCCACCAGGAUAUAUGGUAGUUCAACUGACCAAAAUAUACUGACUGAGCGUGAAGAUGAUACCAUUCUUGAAAAUAAGAGUGACUUCAGAAGUAUUCUUUUAAAGCAGCAGUGUACUGAAGCACUUCAUCUGCAGAAGACACCUGGUAAAUACAACUGCACAGGUGCUCUGUCGGGAGAUGCAGAUGCUGAAUGCAAGUCUUCUGUGACUGAACAGACUUGUGUGUAUCCUUUGAACUGUGACUUGAAAGAAACAACGAGCUUACUGAAAGAUGACAUUGCUAUCGUAAAAAUGCAAAAUCAGAGUAUCAAAUCGGUGCCUUACAGUCAGACUGACUCUAAGUGUGUAUUACCUCUUCCUGCUUCAGAGCGAAACACACAGUCCCUGAUAAAGGACCGGGCAUGCUGCCACCUGAGCACAUUGAAUGUUACUAAUGUUACAGGUAAAACUCUGGGAACUGAUGAAAAUGACGACAUACAUCUGAGGGAAACGCUAAUCUCUUCUGAAGUAUGUACAAGAGAGAAAUUCGAUAGAACCAGCUCAGAAAGAACACCUAACUUCUCUACAAUAGUGGUUUCGGAAAGCCCAGAUGCCUAUUCAGAACUUGAAGUAUAUUGUCCUGCCUCUGCAGGCGUCGAACACUAUCUAAAAAAUACUGACAAGGCUGAUAAAGAAUCACAGGAAACAGAAGCACAGUCUGUAAAACUAGCUGCUGGAUGUGUAGAUCCUUAUAGGCGAGAUGCAUUAUCACCAUGCAUUAAUAUUAAUGAAGAUGACCAAGUGAAAUCCUUGCAGGAUACUGCUGACCAUGAUGAAACUGGGAAUUCCAAUGCUGAAACAUGCACGGAUAGUCCUGUAAAUAAUGUGCACUUUCUUCCAGUAGAUAAAACGGAUGGAGAACAAGUAUCAAAGAAAACCGGUGAACCCUCAACCAAAGAACAAAGUAUCUCUGGAAAUGCUGCUCUUCAGGAUGUGCACAACACCUCUUUCAUAUCUUGCAGUGUACCAAAAUUUAAGAGGACUGUUAUGCCUGAGCUGAAAUGCGAAGCAACUUUUGUGGUCUUCAGUCCUAUGGCUGAUGAAAGCGAUUCUGCUCUAUGUACUUCAACCCCUAAAGAACGAUCAAAAAAUACAACUUUUUCUGUUUCAGCUUUGGCAGAACUUGGAGACAAGUCUCCUAAACUACGACCAAACAAAGCGUUUGUAGGAGGACAUAAUAGAAGGCCUUUGCUUAAAGCUAGUUCAGGUCAAACUGCAGGAAAACCAGUGGGCAGGUCUCCUAUUGUGUCAACAAUAACCAAAGCGAAGAAAUUGGAGAUUGUUAAUUUUCCCAAACCUAAUUUCAAAAAUGUUAAGCCAAAGGUUAUGUCUAGGCCUGUGCUACAGUCAAGAGACAGUGCAGCAUUAAAACAGUCUCCCCAGUCCCCCCAAAUAUCAGCUGUCUCCUCAUCUUCACCAGUGGCUUCCCCGAGGCAAUUAUCCCCCUCCAUAAAAGUGCUGAAAAAGAAAAUAGAUCUAGCUAAAGAUACUAAAGUGGAAUUGCCUGUGAAUAAGCCCCAUAAGCUACAUCUUAACAAACACCUCUUCGCUAGCCAAGUCAUACAUGCCACAACACAUCCCAGAAAUGCUUCCCACAAGGCUUCAAAGACACCUGUGUUAAAGCGGAAUCCGGAAGACAUUGGCAAAGCAAGCUCUACCCAUUCGGCAUGCUCCUCAGUUUCUGCUGCGCUUCCAACGGGUGUAGAGAACUCAAAAGAGAUGCUGAUCGAUAAAAUGGAAAGUUCAAAGCCUUUAAUGCAGUCCUGUGCUCAAAACAUCUGUCUGUCUGGAGGUGAAAAAGAGCAAAACAGCAACAUGGGAAUUCUUCUGGAAGCACCCUUGUUAAAAGAUGUGGCAAAUGAAACAUUAGACCUGCACUCUGUUCCUUUGAUGCCUUCUGUGAAAGAUGGGACAACACAAGGGAAAAACAUACUGAAGAAAGGCCCAAUCACACUACGAAGUGUAUCAGCUCCCAAGGUUAAAAUGGUGCCAUCUGUGUUGCCCUUGAAGAGAGGAUGUGAAAAUAAAACUAUCUGCACAAUUAAAGCACCUUCUCACAAAGGAGUUGUUCUGUCAUCAAGCUCUGGUAUAGGAUCUUCGCCAAGAGAGAAGCAUGCCUCCGUCAAAAAUUCUCCAGCCUCAUGGGCUAGCUCCGGUAAACUGCUCGCCAAAUCCGAAGUGCCUGUCAAAAGAUCAGUGCUUGAGAGAACACCUAGCAUCUCAUCAGUCAGCAGCACUCAGAGUGAGCGAAGUCUUUUCAGCAGUAAUUCUGCAAGUGCCACGGUCAUCAUUAAGAAUGGAGAAUGGCCUUCAAAACCAUCCUGCCAGAAUCGUACUUCAGGAUCUGUCCCUUUGAAAGCAGUACCAAGACCUAGAUUACACUCGUUGAAGUCAACUCCAAAAGGAGCCAAGGCCAGGUCUGCUUCACUGAACCAGUGCACACCAAAAUCAUCUGGGCCACUGCACUCGGCAAGGAAAGUCAGUGAAGCUAGAG